GAGCACAGCAAAAUCAUUGUACGCUAAUUAUCCCCUUUUCGUUUUUUUCCUAGUUCAAUUCUUUUCCACCUCUCCCUGUUCAGCUUGUAGGCAACUUUUUUAGUGAAUACAUCGAAAGAAGUUUACGCAGACAGCGAACACUAGCGGAGCUCGUUUCGACAGAAACGCAAAACAAAAGCCCAGCAACUACUACAGUUUCUUCUCUAUAUACUCUCUUUGUUUCUCUUCUAUUUUCUCGGGUACAAGAGAAAAGCAAGACAUGUCGGAGUCUGUUUCCUUUCACUCUGAGGAGGGCGCUGAUGCCAACGUCGGCGCCGUCGUGCUCGGCGACCGCACCGACCUCCACAUCGGCGACUAUGUCGGCUUCGAGCGCAUCUCCCCCAAUAGGGAGUGGAAGCUGUCCCUCGGCAAGGUGAUCGGCUUCCCCUCCACCCGCACGGUGAAGGUCGCCCACUACGACGCACAGAACGUGUCAACAGUCGCGCAGGACCCCAACUCUGAGAGGGAGGUGCGCGAUAAGGCGGAGGCGGAGAACAAGAUGGACAUCUGGCACAACCGCGAGGCCCUCCGCGAGGAUUUGCUGGCGGCCGCCGCGAAGGAGAAAGAGGCGACGGAGCGGCUGUUCGCGGCGCGCGACGUCACCGCCGUGCGUCAGCAGGCCGCCGGCGAGAAGGUGGCGGAAACGCUGGAGGCGCUCGACGCGGCUCGCCGCGACCUCCGCGCCAUCCCGGCGAAGGAAUGGAAGGAGGUGCGCAAUCCAUGCGAGCCGACCACCGAGAUCGCCGGCCUCAUCCGUUCCGUCAUGCUGGUGCUCUACGAGGACAACGUCACGGUGUGGGAGGACAUGCAGGAGACGAUGCGCCGCCCUGACUUUUUGGACCGCCUCGUGAGCUGGGACUGCACCGUCACCCCGAUGUCCAUCACGCGCCGCAAGAAGAUCGUCGCCCUCUGCUCCGGUGAGAAGGAGGAGACGCACGCGAAGAAGCGCCGCCGCUCCGACUCGCGCAGCCCGACCUCGGCCCACCUCGUCGUUCCAUCGAAGGGCGCUACGAAGUGUGCGUUCCCCACCCUCGACGUGAGCAUGCGCAGCUGGCUGAACGCCCAGCUCGCCUGCUCUGAAGCCGCGCGGGCGCAGGAGAACGUCAUCAACGACUGCUUCGUCGAGCAGCAGGAGCAGCGCGUGCUGUUGCGCGAGAUCAACGACAUGCGCAUCGGCGUCUCCUCCAUCGAGUACCAGAUGCUCGAGAUGAAGAACGCCAUUCUUGGCAUCUCCGACACGCCCAAGGCGAUCAUGCCGCUCGACGCCUACCCGGUCGACACCGUCUUCUACAAGCGCACCUACCCGGACAGCGAGGGCCGCUUUGUGCAGGAGGUGAUUCUACGCGAGUCCGUCGUCAUCAACUUCGGCCCAAUGGCUGAUGAGGACGCCGACGGCUACGUGCGCCUCAACACCGCCCAGGCGGAUCUUCUGCGCAACGCCGUCAUCACGGCGAACGUCCGACAUGACGCAGAGGAAAUGGAGGAGCUGCUGGCUCGCAAGGAGCGCGAGGAGCAGGAGAUGGCGGAGCUCAAGGCCCGCAUCGACGAGCUGCGUGGCAAGUCCUCGCUGACCGCCGAGGAGGAGGAGGAGUUAGCCCAGCUGGAGAAGCUGCUCGCCGAUGCGGAGCGCCGCCACCACGCGACGCUCUCUCGCAUCGCCGACCUCUACGCCUGCGGCCGCGGCGCGCGCGAGAUUACGGUUGCGAUUCGGCGCCCCGAGUUCCGCUACACCCGCCUGCACUGCAAGAUGUCCGGUGACUGGGACAUGAUCCUCAACGACCCGGAGCGCUACAACGAGAUGGUGGCCGCCUUCUCGGCCGAUAUCUCGAACAUGUUGAACGUGCCGGCGCAGAACGUGCUCGACAUCGACGCGCGCAGCGGCUCCUUGCUGAUCGACUUUACCGUGAAGCACAACGGUGACCUCGACGAUGAGGAGCUGCAGGGCCUGGUGAACAAGGGCCAGUUCCCGAAGCUGGCCAUGUUCUACGAGAAGGUCACCUUCAAGAAGACGUCGCCCCUCAACACGAGCCAGCAGCAGGAGGCGUGGGACGCGGAGCAGACUCAGUCCAUGCCGUUGCCCAUCUCGGGCAUGGGUAUUCGCCAGACGCUGGCGGACUACUACAACGCCGACGGCACCCUCGACGAGGAGUUUAGCGCGGAGGUGCGAGGCCACCCUGACUACCGCAAGUGCGUCAUCACGAUCCCGCCGCUGCGCGAGGACUAUGACCAGGACCUCGUGAACGGGCCGUUUGAACAGUACGCCGAGGAUGAGGAGGCGCCCGAUGCGGAGAUCGCCGCCGCCUCGGUGGCCGCCUCCACCGUGCAGCGCGAGUUGGCGGAUGAGCCGGUUGGGGAGUCGCUGCCGCCAACGCAGAUACCGCCUCACGCAGCAGCCGAGGAGGCUCCCGCUGCGGCACCCGCGGCGGAGGAAGCGGCGCUCGAAGAAGAGCCCGCGGGGGCGCUGGCUGCUGCUGAAGAAUCGGCGACGGCGCCCACUCACUCAAAGACUUCCUCGAAGACCGCGUCGAAGGCGUCGUCCAAGAAGAACACUCCUGCGGAGGUCACUGAUGAGCUGUAA